AUGCCUGGAAACAAUCAAACUGUGAUCUCAGAGUUCCUCCUCCUGGGCCUGCCCAUCCCACCAGAGCACCAGCAUCUGUUCUAUGCCCUGCUCCUGGCCAUGUACCUCACCACCAUCCUAGGCAACCUUCUCAUCAUUGUCCUCAUUCAACUGGACUCCCAUCUCCACACACCCAUGUAUUUGUUUCUCAGCAACCUAUCCUUUUCUGACCUCUGCUUUUCCUCUGUCACAGUGCCCAAAUUUUUGCAGAACAUGCAGAGCCAAGUACCAUCCAUCCCCUAUGCAGGCUGCCUGACACAACUUUAUUUCUUCUUUCUUUUUGGAGACAUGGAAAGCUUCCUCCUUGUGGUCAUGGCCUAUGAUCGCUAUGUGGCCAUCUGCUUCCCUCUGCACUACACCAGCAUCAUGAACCCCAAGCUGUGUGUGUGGCUGGUGGUGCUGUCCUGGGUGCUGACCACAUUCCAUGCUAUGUUGCACACCCUGCUCAUGGCCAGAUUAUCUUUCUGUGAGGACAACGUGAUCCCCCACUUUUUCUGUGAUAUAUCUGCUCUACUCGAGCUGGCCUGCUCUAAUACCAUUACUAAUGAGGUGCUUAUGUUCAUCAUGGGUGGACUCAACAUUGUUAUCCCAUUCAUACUCAUCACAUUGUCCUAUGCACGAAUUGUCUCCUCCAUCCUAAAGGUUCCAUCUACUCAGGGUAUCCAUAAGGUCUUCUCCACCUGUGGCUCCCACCUGUCUGUGGUGUCACUGUUCUAUGGAACAGUUAUUGGCCUCUACUUAUGUCCAUCAGCUAACAAUUCAACUAUGAAGGAGACUGUUAUGGCUUUAAUGUACACAGUGGUGACUCCUAUGUUGAACCCCUUUAUCUACAGCCUGAGGAACAGAGACAUGAAGGAAGCCCUGAGAAGAGUUCUGUUAAAUAAGAGAAUCUCUUUAUAA